AUGUACUACGUGCCCACAAAGGCAGGAAUGACACGAUACGCGGAGAAUUUCUGGGCGAUAAAAGGGCUUGCUGAGCUUAUUUUUAGAAUAAUUCAGGAUAAAACAAGCUAUGCCAUGGACGGAAUGUGCGUAUCUGAAGAGUGCCUGCACAGGGACAUACUUGCACUUCUUAGCAAGCAGAUGGACGACGGGAAAUUCUACCUGGUCCGGGAAAUAGGCGUAGAGCACUCGAGUAUGAGCCCAGAGGAGGCAGAAAGAGCGUAUAAACUAGCGCAGGAGAUGCACUGCAAAAUAAAAGAAACAAUUCGGGAUGCAAUGCAUCUCCUGGUGUCGAAGUGCAUCCACCUCUCCAGAAUGAGCAUUUCUCUGACCUACCGGCACAAUGAGAGGAUAAGUAGAGAGAAAGUAGUGAUCUUUGCUCUGAGGAUAUGGAUAGUUGAGGACAUACAGAGCGUGAUGUACCGCAUGCGCAAAACAGCGUACUGCACUCUCUGA